AUGAAUCCCUACACCGGGCUGCAAUGGGAGAUGAAUACAUUUGUCACACCACUCCUGCAGUACUCCGCUUCACAGAAUAUCGUGUCGGUUCUUCUGGUCCCUGUCACUUAUAUCCUUAAGUUGUAUCCCAUGCUGACCUGGAACACUGUUCCGGACGACAUCUUUUCAUUCCACCUCCUUUCAUUUCAUGAUGAGCCAAUUGCAGGACAUCCGUCCCGGAUUGUGUUCGCAUAUACAUGUCCAUGGUGGAUGGGAAACACCACAAUCCCUGAUCAACCAUGGCAGUGGGAUGAAAUAAUGGCUUCCUGCAUCUCUCACUACCAGUAUUGGGCGCUUAAUGUUGAGGAUGAUGCUUUGGUACUUCCAGAGAAGUUGAAAAACACUUCGACUCCACCACUCAUGGGACUGAGAUUCAUCAAAGAACGCAUGGAAGCAUUGCUGGAGGAGCAAGAUCAGGGCAUCGAAGCUAAGAUGGGAGAGGUGAAGAUGUACACUGACAUGUUAGAGAAAUUGAGGAAAGGCAAAGGAGUGUAG